UCCCCUCUCUCUCCCUUCUCAUAUCUUUUUCUUUUUCUCCGUCGCGCUGUCUCUCUCUGCGAAGGUCAAGGCAUCAAGUCACGCCUUGCCACCGCAUCUCAAUAGCCACAGCCAGCGGCCUCCGCAGAUUGCAUAGCUUUGGGAGCCUUCGUUUUUUCCUUGGCAGAUUUUUUGCUUCCAGGAAAAGCAAUGCCAGCCCAGAAGCGCUUGUUCGACGUACCAGAAGAGGGUGCUUUUCUCGGCGAGAGGAACCACCACGAGAAGCUAGAAGAUGGAGUGGAAUCCGAUCGAAGCCCUUCGGAGAGCACCGGCGACAAAGAAGAGUUUGUUAUUAUAAAAUUGUCAGAUGUACGCAAGGAAGUCCAAUGCCCUAUCUGCCUAGGCAUCAUUCGAAAAACAAGAACUGUAAUGGAAUGCCUGCACCGCUUUUGCAGGGAGUGUAUAGACAAAUCCAUGCGCCUUGGCAACAAUGAAUGCCCUGCAUGCCGCACACAUUGUGCUAGCCGACGCUCACUGAGAGAUGACCCAAACUAUGAUGCUUUAAUUGCUGCUCUUUAUCCAGAUAUAGACAAGUAUGAACAGGAGGAAUUGGCUCUGCAUGAAGAUGAAAAAGUUCGCAAUAAGCAGAUCCAAGAAUCUAUUGCUCAGACUCUUCAACGGCAAGCAGAAGCACUGGGUAAAAAACGCAAUCCUAAAACGAUUACAAGGAGGUCACAAGGUAGCUAUCGAGCUUCACAUGUGAGGGCGAGAAGAAACUGUAGAAGUACCAUUGAACUUCAGGGAUCUGAUGACACUGAGGAAAUGAAUGAUGAUGAUGGGGCUAAGGUUUCUUCUUCUGGUGAUGAGCUAAUAGAAACCAAACCAAAAAGAUGUAAAAGAGGGGCAGAAGCACAAUUUCCUCCGCAUUCUGCAACUACUGUUGCAGAUGGUGCUAGUGAUGAAAAUGCUCCUGAAGUAAGUAGAGAAUUCCUGAGUCCUUCUAGUACACUUGCCUGGGGAAAAAAUGGUCACCGGAGUCACACCCGAGUCAAUGGCAAGAAUGCCAGAAAUAGUCGCCUUGCCAAAUUGAUUGAUAAUCUCCGUGUCUUGGAAGAAAACGAUGAUGAGUUGGGUGUCUGCCUCAUGCUUGUGCCUUUUGAUGAGAAAAGAAUACCAAGUUUGCAGAAGCCAUACCUCUGCUGCAGACCUACAUUGUCUGUCAGGCACCUGUGCCAGUAUGUUGCCCCUCAAAUAGCUGUACAGGCUGAUGAGGUUGAGAUAUGCUUGGUAAAAGAACAGCAAGCCAACAUUAUUACAGCUGCAGGCUCAGUAGACAUGGGCAAAGAUAAUGUGCAAGUGUUGAGAGAGCAGGAAACGUUGGCCGAACUUAAACCUGAUCAUUUUAGCCGUGGCCAUGUGCUUAUGGCGUAUAAGAGGAGGCUGUCGGACUCAACUGCGUCUAGCUCGAGGUGAAUGACGUGCGAUCAUCACCUAAACCAAUUCUUCGUUAAUUGCAUAAUUAUACUAAUACUGAAACGGUAAUUCGUCUGAGGCAGUUUUAUCAUUCGUAUUUUUUUCUUGUUCCUUUCAAUAUUUCCCUCAUACUGUAGAAGGGCUGAAAUUUGUUUGUAUAGUGCACAGAAAAUGAGAAUCUCAAAUCUCAAAUGUAACUACAUUUGACACACUUUAGGUUUCUUACAAUCCGCAUGAAAGCUUUGGUGUGUCUUUUAUUG